GCCAAGGAAGAGAUGCCUGGGCUGAGAUGACUGGGUUGUGAUGAGCCUUGUAUUUGUUAGCUUCCCUAGGUGAAGUUUUGUAGCCGUUAAUAUCAAGAAACAUUAGAAAAAUCGAACGUUGUGUAGCCGUUAAAAACCCUAAUUUAGCUCUUCAGUCUUUAGUUUUCAUUUUCACAAUGUUCCCAAUCUCUGCUCUCUUCACCACCACCACCACUCGCCUCCGCUUCCUCUCCGAUCAAAGCUCUCUCCGCCGCCUCCACAGACUGUUCUCAACCCAAUCACUAUCCCUAGACCACACUCUCUCUCACCCUAUUUACAUGAUUUGGGGCUCCAACACUGGCGUCGGCAAAACCCUUGUCUCCGCUGGCAUCGCCACCUCCUUUCUCUCUCCUCUUUCUCUCUCCUCCACCACCAUCUCCGCCGCCGCUGCCAAAUUCAUCUACCUCAAGCCAGUCCAAACGGGCUUCCCUAUCGACUCCGAUUCCCGGUUUGUAUACCGGAAAUUCUCCGAAAUCUUUCUCCGCCGCCAGCCCUCGACCACUGUUUUCGCUUCGAAUCAUGCCCUCAAGGCCUCAAUUUCGGCUGCCCAAUCUUUUUUGGGCGGAGAAAUUGCGAUGGAAACUGAAGAGGGUGGGGAAUUGGAGAGUGGGUUUAGGGAUUUAGGGUGGUAUGAGGAGAUGAAGCUACAGGGGGAGGUUGGGGAGGUGACUGCGAAACCGUCAGAAUUGAUUUGCAAGACAAUGUAUGGGUGGAGAGAGGCGGUUUCGGCUCAUUUGGCUGCGGAGAGGGAAGGAGCAAUGGUGGAGGAUUCAGUGUUGUUGGGGAUAUUGAAGAGGAGUUUGGGAAUUGGUUUGGAAGGAGGGUUUGCAGGUGAUCAUAAAGUGCGUGUUUUGAGUGUGAUUGAAACUGCUGGUGGUGUGGCGAGUCCGGGGCCAUCCGGUUCUUUUCAAUGUGACUUGUACCGGCCUUUCCGGUUACCUGCUAUUCUUGUUGGGGAUGGACACCUUGGUGGUAUUUCAUCAACAAUUUCAGCUUACGAAAGUUUAAAACUUCGAGGUUAUGAUGUUGUUGCUGUUGUUUUUGAAGAUCAUGGCCUUGAAAAUGAGGUUCCAUUGUUGUCUUAUUUACGAAAUAGGGUCCCUGUGCUUGUGCUUCCAUCUAUUCCGCAAGACAUGUCAGACAACUUGAUGGAAUGGUUUGAUGAAGCUCAGACUGUCUUUAAUACUCUCAAGGAAAUAAUGAUUUCUGCUUUUAAUGAGAGAAUAGACAGACUGCGUAACAUGCCAAAGAAGGCACAAAACAUUUUAUGGUGGCCAUUUACUCAACACAAACUUGUACCUGAAGAAGCUGUUACAGUAAUAGAUUCCCGGUUUGGCGAGCACUUUGCUGUUCAUAAGGUACUAAAUCAUGAUUUCAUCAUGCAACAAUUUGAUGCUUGUGCAAGUUGGUGGACACAGGGGCCAGAUCAUACUUUACAGAUUGAGCUCGCAAGAGAUAUGGGUUAUGCAGCUGCAAGAUUUGGUCAUGUGAUGUUUCCGGAGAAUGUUCAUGAACCAGCUUUAGAAUGUGCAGAACUUUUGCUUGGAGGGGUUGGCAAAGGAUGGGCAUCACGGACAUUUUUUUCGGAUAAUGGAUCGACAGCAAUAGAAAUUGCACUGAAGAUGGCAUUUCGCAAAUUCUUGUGCGAUCAUGGAAUCCUUUUGGACCUUUCGAAGGGUGACAUGUCUGAAAGAUGUAUUGAGCUCAAGGUCUUAGCUCUUCGUGGAUCUUAUCAUGGUGAUACUUUGGGUGCCAUGGAAGCACAAGCACCAUCAUCUUAUACAGGUUUCCUCCAGCAACCAUGGUACACAGGAAGAGGGUUUUUUUUGGAUCCUCCAACUGUCUUUAUGCAAAAUGGUGUUUGGAAACUCUCUCUUCCUGAAAGGAUGAAUCCUGAAAAAGUGAAAGUAGAAGAUACAUCCUUCAGCUUGCGCGAUGAAAUAUUCUACAACAGCAGGGAUGGGUCAAGUCUGGCUGGUAGUUAUUCAUCUUAUAUAACUCGAGAGUUAUCACUACAUUCAGGAUUAAGAGGUUUUACACAUAUUGGAUCAUUGAUUAUAGAACCAGUUAUACAAGGUUCAGGUGGAAUGUUGAUGGUUGAUCCGCUUUUCCAACGUGUACUUGUUAAAGAAUGCCAGAGUCGGAAGAUUCCAGUUAUCUUUGAUGAGGUUUUUACUGGUUUCUGGCGUUUGGGAGUGGAGUCUGCUGCAGAACUACUUUGCUGUCAACCAGAUAUAGCCUGCUUUGCAAAACUGAUGACUGGUGGAAUUGUGCCAUUGGCUGCCACAUUGGCAACAGAUGCUGUUUUUGAUGCAUUUGUUGAGGAUUCCAAGCUCAAGGCUCUGUUGCAUGGACACUCGUAUACUGCGCAUGCUAUGGGGUGUACAGCAGCAGCUAAAUCCAUAAAAUGGUUUAAGGACACUCAAACAAAUUUCAAUUUAAUUUCUGAAGGAAGGUUGUUGAAGGAGUUAUGGGAUAUGGGUCUAGUGCAGCUGAUCUCAUCGCAUCGAACAGUCCAUAGAGUGGUUGUAUUGGGAACACUGUGUGCCCUAGAACUUCGAGCGGAAGGCUCUAACAUUGGUUAUGCAUCGCUUUAUGCACGCUCUCUUCUUCAGAACCUCCGUGAAGAUGGUAUUUACAUGAGGCCUCUGGGCAAUGUUAUUUACCUCAUGUGUGGGCCUUGCACAUCCCCUCUCAUCUGCCGCCAACUACUGGAAAAACUUUACAGAAGACUUGAGGAGUUCGGCCAAGCCAAUGAGAACUUGAAAUCCUGUGAAUUUUAGUUGUUGCAGCAGCUUAUGAUCUUCAGUUCUCAAUUUUAGUAUAUUUUUAUAUUUAUUCAUCAGUUUGUAGUUCACCAAUAAAAGUAGUAUAUCUUUGUUGGCUGAGCUUGGUUUUUGAAUGUAAUCUAUUUAUUCUUCUCUAGCCUCAAAUAUAUUGAACUCAGACUUCCAUUAAGGGUUGGACAUUA